GAGGCGUAGGUGGGCUAUCCAUACAAACAUGGGAAUAUCAUGCCCAACCCGAUGCCAUUAUUGUUCGCUACAUUUCUGAUUCUUUCUCGCUCACACUUGCGACACCUUCAACACAAGAACAAUAAUCAUCUGUGGCGUUGCGAUAUCUCUCCCUUUCCCAAACUCAAUAUAUCGCCAAAAUUCCUGGAUUUGGUAUUGACUGCACCGGUGUUGGUGUUGGUGGUUGGGAGUUAGCUUAUUAGAAGAAGAUUCACAGAGAAGUUUUUCUGCAUCUGCUGUUGUUGUAUUGCAUUGAAGGAAAUGGAGUUGCGAAUACCCUUCAUCUGCCGCUGUGUUUUCCUUUUUGUCAUCGUCUUUGCUCAAGUAGUCAAUGCUUUUUAUCUCCCCGGAAGCUAUAUGCACACUUACUCAAAUAAAGAUCUCAUAUAUGCUAAAGUUAAUUCGUUGACUUCGAUUGAAACUGAGCUUCCCUACAACUACUACAGCCUCCCUUACUGCCAGCCGGAUGGCGGCAUAAAGAAAAGUGCUGAGAAUCUUGGAGAACUUCUGAUGGGAGAUCAGAUCGAUAACUCACCGUACCGAUUCCAGAUGAAUGUUAAUGAGACGCUUUACCUCUGCACUACGCCCCUGUUGAAUGAGCACGAGGUGAAGUUACUCAAACAAAGGGCACGGGAUCUGUAUCAAGUGAAUAUGAUCCUUGACAACUUGCCUGUUAUGAGGUUUACCAACCAAAAUGGGGUUACAAUCCAGUGGACAGGGUUCCCUGUUGGAUACACUCCAUCUGAUGGCAGUGAAGAUUACAUCAUUAACCACCUUAAGUUCACUGUCUUGGUUCAUGAAUAUGAAGGAAGUGGGGUUGAAAUUGUGGGGACUGGCGAGGAAGGUUUGGGUAUUAUUUCAGAAUCUGACAAUAAAAAGGCAUCAGGUUAUGAAAUAGUUGGUUUUCAGGUUGUACCUUGUAGUAUUAAAUAUGAUCUGGAAGUCAUGACAAAGCACAAGAGGUAUGAUACUCUUUCUCCUAUAAGUUGCCCGGCUGAGCUUGACGAGUAUCAAGUGAUAAGAGAGAAGGAAAGGAUAUCAUUCACAUAUGAGGUUGAAUUUGUGAAAAGUGAUAUAAGAUGGCCAUCACGUUGGGAUGCUUAUUUGAAGAUGGAGGGUUCCCGAGUUCAUUGGUUCUCAAUCUUAAAUUCACUUAUGGUUAUUUCUUUCCUGGCCGGUAUUGUUUUUGUCAUUUUCCUAAGAACUGUGAGAAGGGACUUAACGAGGUAUGAGGAACUGGACAAAGAGACUCAAGCUCAGAUGAACGAGGAGCUCUCUGGAUGGAAACUUGUUGUGGGUGAUGUGUUUAGGGAGCCUGAUUGCUCGAAGCUUCUCUGUGUGAUGGUUGGAGAUGGGAUUCAAAUUCUUGGAAUGGCUGGUGUUACUAUUGUUUUUGCAGCACUUGGCUUCAUGUCACCCGCGUCCCGAGGAAUGCUACUAACAGGGAUGAUCGUCUUAUAUCUUAUCCUGGGAAUUGCUGCAGGCUAUGUCAGCGUUCGUGUAUGGAGGACCAUUAAGGGAACAACAGAAGGGUGGAGAUCAAUUUCCUGGUUGGCUGCUUGUUUUUAUCCUGGAAUUGCUUUCAUUAUUCUUACAGUACUGAAUUUUAUUCUAUGGAGCAGUAACAGUACUGGUGCCAUACCGAUUUCCUUGUAUUUUGAGCUGUUCUUCCUCUGGUUCUGCAUUUCUGUACCUCUUACCCUCAUUGGAGGAUUUAUGGGGACAAAAGCUCAGCCAAUUGAAUAUCCUGUACGCACUAACCAGAUUCCAAGGGAAAUUCCUGCACGUAAAUACCCAUCGUGGCUUCUUGUUCUUGGUGCUGGAACUCUUCCAUUUGGAACCCUCUUCAUUGAGCUUUUCUUCAUCCUUUCCAGUAUUUGGCUUGGGAGGUUCUAUUAUGUGUUUGGUUUCCUGUUGGUAGUUCUUCUAUUGCUAAUUGUUGUUUGUGCUGAAGUGUCUGUGGUCCUCACUUAUAUGCAUCUCUGUGUGGAAGACUGGCGGUGGUGGUGGAAGGCAUUCUUCGCAUCAGGUUCUGUGGCUCUUUACGUCUUCUUAUACUCCAUUAACUACUUGGUGUUCGACCUGCGGAGUUUGAGUGGACCUGUCUCAGCUACCCUUUACCUUGGUUAUUCACUACUCAUGGCCAUUGCAAUCAUGUUGUCUACCGGCACCAUCGGCUUCCUUAUGUCAUUCUACUUUGUGCAUUACUUGUUCUCAUCAGUAAAGAUAGAUUGAGGUUCUUGCUGUCAUUGCAUAUUAACUAUGCAAAAGAUUAAUUGAUAUAACUUCCGCUGAGUCCUUGUAGCUUGAUCACAUUGCGGAGUAGGGCAACGGAUGUUUCAUUCAUUGUCUGAUUUUAUAUUGCGAUGGGAUCUGCAGUUUGUUCUCCUUCUUCUUGUUUCCCAAAGUAGUGUACUCAUUCAAGUAUUCUGCUAGUGUUUGAGAUCAUUAUGUUUCAAGUGUUUUAGUUAAGAGUUUCUUUAGAAGGUUUGUAAUUCAAAACUGUCUUAUCUCAUUUCAAUACUGUAGAAAAAUGAUGUUAGAUAGAUAUAUGCUUUCAGAACUCGUUCUGAUGUUCAUUGUGCUUCUGGGUAUUUAAUAUUUUUAGCUUCUUUGGGUUAAAGGAUGGGAAAAUGACUUAGUAUAGGUUAGGGAAAGUGACUUAGUAUUUUAUUUAAACUAACUGUCCGCUCAAUUUUGGCUUUUAUAA